AUGUGCAUCGUGUCCUCCGAGGACCGCGCGCAAUCUGCACUGCGGGCGGUGGCUCAGUUCGCCAAUGUGGCGGGACAGGUGCAGCACGAGGAGUUGCGGACAGCCUCCUUGCAGGUCGCACAUGAGGCACUGGCACAGUGCGAGGCGCAUGGCCAGCGUUGUGUCCAGUUCCUCCUGGAAGCACUGCAGAAGAGCACCAAGGCCAGCGCGAGUGCCGCCGAGGAUGUAAUCUGGAUGGUCUACAAGGUGGCACGAAGAAGCGACACAGCAAAGGCAUGGAUACUUCAAGCAGGCGGCGUGUCUGUCUUGAAGGCCGCCCUUCUUUGUCAUGCCAACCA